UUCAAAAUGGCGACAAAUUGAAAAAAUUUACCCGACCACGCCUGGAAAUGUUAGUCAUAAAGUUAUUAUUUCUUGACUAAUUCUGUUUUCAACUGAUCGUAGAGAGAGAACUGACAAUUCUCCUCACUGAGAAACUAAGUUUGAUGAGAAAUAAUGCCUGGAAUGGUGCCUUCUCAAUUGAAUGGUGGACCUCCACCAUCUUCAUUUGGAUACUACAGUGGGUCACCUGUCAAGGCGAAUGGUUUAGCUUUCACCAUGAAGAAAAGGAUGGAAAGAAUUGAUUGGCGCAAAGUUGCUGCCAUAGAUAUAGACAGAAUGUCCAGAGAGCUUGAUUACACCAGUCUGCAGGAGAACAUCAUGAACAUCACAUUCUGCAACAUCGAGGCUGAAAUAGACACGAGAAGCAUGGAUCCAAACUUUCUGAAGUUGUUUAAACUGGCUCAAUUGACCAUUGAAUAUCUAUUGCAUUCUCAGGAAUAUCUUCAAGGCCGUACCGCGGGCGUCCAUGAGAAAAUGCGCCAGUUAUCUCAGGAGCAGGAGGAAACCGAGAAAGCAAUGGAAAAACUGAAGCAGGAGUUGGCUGAUGUUAAAAAAGAGAGUCACAAGCGGAAGAAGCUUCUGGCUGCACAGCAGCAGAUCUUACAUUCUGGUGCCAACAGUUAUAACAAGUGUCCUUAUUGUCAAAAAGCAUUCAUCAACCCUUCAUUCCUCCAAGCCCACAUGACCCGGCGACACAGUGAAUACAUGAGCUCUCAGACGCCCUCGCCAAUCAAUCUACAUGUUGGUGGGAAUCCAAGCCUUGAGAAAGAACUUCAGGAGUUCAAGGAGAGACUUCGUCAGACCGAGUCGCAGCUACUCGAGGAAAGGAACCGCUGGAAUCAGUUAUCCCAAAUGAGCGGAGGUGAGCUCAAACUGAGCGUGAGGAAAAGUUGGGAGGCGGCCAAAGAAGCAGAGACGGAUAAGUGGAAGGCAGACCAUCUGGAGAAGCAGAGGAAAGAGAUAGAGCAAGUCCGCGAAAUGUUCAUGAAGGAAUUCAACGAGCUGAAUGCAAAGUUUCAAGCCUCCGAGCACCAGUUGAACGAAAUCCAGGGACGGUACGGCCCGAGGUCAAACCUUGGUGAACUGAAGGAUGAUGUGGAUGAUGACGCGCUGGUGAAGCAGCGAGAAGAAGUGGCGAUGUUGAAGGAACUGCUUGCAAACAGAUUGGCCAAUGUGGAGACCUCUAUCAACAGUCAGGUGAAAACGGAAAUCAACAACAUGCAGAAACAACAAGCAAACGAGUUAAACAGGCUGCGUGACCAGCUCAAGGAUCGGCAGAUGUCCUCUGGCGAGAAGCCACAGUUUGAUGAGAGAAUAGAAGAACUCUUGAUGGAAUCAUCACGGGAGUCUGAACGACUCUUGCAAUCCGCCCCCAUGGACAUGCUGGACGGUGGGGACGAGGUGGUCAGUUUUCAAGUUGCCACUCUCUCCAAGCGACAGGAGGAAAAACUCCAAGAGCAGAAUGAAAAGAUUGAAAAAAUGGUCGCAAUUCCUGCGGCCUCCGCUCCAUCUCCACCUCGUAAACGAACGUCCUCACCGAGACAUGAGCCACCAUCGAAGAAGCAGAAGGAAGUAGCUCGUCUAAGGGAGGUACCAAAGAUGAACGUGGAAGCACCUUCUUCAGCGGAAGAGGAAGAAUCAGAACUAGAAGUGAAAGAGGAGAUGGUCCAGUGGACGAAUCAAGCGUUGGAUAUGGAAGGAAUGUACGGCCAUUCGACCCUGGAUAGCUCAGGUCUCAGGACAGGAGAACUUGGUACAUCAGAGGAUCUUGUUGGCACGAUGGUACGAAGCUCUCGACUUCAGGCCCAUCUCAGGAACAACCCGAGUGUGUUGAAGGGAAUGAAGGAGGAACUGCUACAAUUGUUGAUUGAACAACUGGAGGACCGAGGCAUCCCUGCAGACACAACUGGUAUUAGUAAUGUAGUACUGAACAACAAGCUUGAUCUGCUGCAGAAGGAGAGACAACAGAUUGCAAAGAAAAAUAAGAAUUUCUGGGAUAUUCGACGCCAGUUUGAGAAGAAGGUGGACAAAAUGGCUUGGGAAAGGUAUAUCGAUUCAAGAGGCUCGCCAAAAGGCAAGUCAAAGAAGCAUUCAAGCCUCUCAGUGUCCCCACGAGCAAGUCCAAACGUUGGUAGGAGGAGUCCCUUAAUGAGUAAGAAGUCACCUCAGGCCCCUAGGAAGAACCCUGUGGCUUCAAAGAAGAGUCCAAACGUAGCGAGGCGGUCGCCUUCUCCACCGAAACCAGCACCGAGGACUUCAACUACUCUCUCGACUUCAGCCUCGUCGACAAUGCGAAGUGAAGAGGACUGGGACACAGAAGAAGAGGAAGAAACCGAGGAAGAUGAGGAUUACACCGAGGACAGUGCUGCCCCCAGUGCCAGGGAUGUGAAGACGGCCGUCAAUGUGGUCAUGUCGACUCCUAAACAGCCAUCACCCAGGAGAGAACAGAAUCUGCCCAAGAAUAUUGAACAUGAUGAGAGUGAGUGGGACUCGGAAAUAAGCGAACUGAGUAAUAUCAUUCCAAGCGGUGACAAUAAUCUACGCGAACGUCCCGCUUCCGUCCCAACACCGGUCAAGAAAGGUCCGAAUGUGGAGAGGUUGAGUCAGUCUAUUGAGUUACAGUUGACCGGCCGUGGAGGCAAGAAGCCAGUCGGCGGGGUGAAUACUCUCGGAUCUACUGGAAAAUUUUCUCCGAAUCCAAAUAAUAGACAGCACGGUCAACACCAUGACAACGACGAUGAUGACGACAGUUCGUCUAUCUCCAUAUCAUCGCUACAGGAUUUGAACCAGCCAAAGCCAGCUCCAAGGAAAGCGGCAGUCCGUGGCUCAGGUGAGACCGACUUCUCAACCAACACGUAUGGCACAAGUGUGUGGGGAUCAUCCAAAGCCAACAACCCAGCAGCCAAAAGCUCUGUCAGUGUGACCGAUUGGGACUCAGACCUUGAAAUAGAUGACCUCUAAGCAUGUUGUCCUAACAACAGAGAGUCUUGUGGAAUUUGAUUUGUGACAACAUGUCUGUCAGUCCUUUAAAAAGUAAUGUAUUGGUGCCCAGGAAGUGUGACAGUAGUCUGCAGGGCAGAUUUUUGUAAACUAUUGAUGUAAAUUUGCAGUUGAUCUGCUUGAAUGAUAAAAUUGUAGUUUUUAGAUCAUUUUGUUAUUUCUUGUAUUUUGUCUUUUACAACCCAUAUCAAAAGUGCCUUAGUUUCUCGAUCCCAUUAUUUCAAGCUUUUACAUGUAUGUUCAGUUCUCCUUGCUGGGCAAACUUUUAGCUGAAUCUACUUUUCGUCCCGCCCGUCUUAAGUCUAAAAGGAAAACAUGUCUGAAGCACCGACUUGGUGGGUUCAUUAGAAUGAAACUACAGUACUCAUUGUUUCAUAUUAUUUCGAGAAUCGGCCGUGGGUGUUUGCAAGGAGGCUGAACUUGGUAAAUGGAAUCGAAAUUAACAAGAUUAUCUGUUUGAAAAUAUGCUAACAGUCUUCAGAAACAUCACUGUAAAAGUCAGCCUGAUGACCUCUUUUUUCGGUUUCGAUCCCAUCUGUUUGAGGUCAGACUAAGAAAAUAUUGUAUAAUUUUUGAGCGACUGAAAGAUUUUAUUAUGCUACAGUUAAAUAUUACCCUGUUAUCUUUUGAUACUAGGAAGAGGAAUUUAAUGUGCUUUAAUGAAAUACACAAAGAGAUUUGAUCAGACUCCAUCCAGAAUUUAUGAAUUUUAUAGCAUAAUUUUCAUUGUUAAUACUGUUUACUUUAAAUCAAAAUGCAAGAGUCCAUUAUUACAAAAUAUUAUGCCUGUAUUCCCCUUUUGAGUGUUUAUCCAUCCAGUUUAAUUGGAAAUCCAUCCAAAUGUCCUACCUACAUGAGUGACCCAUGAUACUUGAUGCUAACCCUCCAUGAUGUAUGAAUCCGCCCAAAUGUUUUGAAAACUAUGCUCGGUGUACUUGUUCAUGAGCAGGUUUAAAGAAAUCAAAUGUUUUGUACAGUUUGCAGUUUUAUCUGUCCCUUAUUGCAAACCUUAAGUUCGAAUGCAUCCAAUCUAAGCAUUUAGACUCAUAAGAAUAACAUCAUUUUCAAUGGCAAGCAUUUGCCAAAAAUUUCUCUUUCAUAGAAGUCACAUAAUAAUCAGUAUAAGAUUUUAGUUUUGUUAUAACAUCAUAUCAUAUUCAGUUAUCUUCUCAUAUGGAAAUGUAGAUAGUGUUGAUAAAUGUAGGUACCGGUACAAAACACCGAAGUUUAGAUGUUAUUUAUUUUCUAAUAAAUACUUAGAAAUAA